AUGCAGUUACUGGAUGUGCAGCCGUAUGAGACGGCGCUCCAACGAUUGUUGCGCGCCAGGGUCUGCAGUGACGAACAGUUACAUGAUUACCAUCUCUCUCAGGCCUUCCGUAGCUUGGCAUACGCCGUAAACCGGGCUUCUCUCUCCGUCGCUACUCCGCACCCCUCGCAAGGACCUUCCACGUUUCAUGAGACAUCACCCUCAUCCUUGGCGCCAGACACGACAAUCAUAACCCCAACAGGUACUAGUGCAACUGGGAGUGAAACCGUAUUGUGUCGUAUGUGCGCAUGCGCGUUAGCCUCACAGGCGAGUCUGCAAACACUGGUGUACGUAUCCACCCGAUUAUUGUGCGACGAAGCGACAGCGUUUGGUGAGGGGAAUGAACGGCCAAGCUGCACAGCAGCUUGGGUGGAGGCUCUUUGUUCCCUGGGUGUUCGAAGUUCAUUUCUUCACAAACAUCUGGGUGUUCACCGUCGUCUAGCGUUGGGCUAUCUGCUUAUCCUCUCUGGCACCGUUCGCGCCGUAGCACACGGUUGUGUCAAGGGCAAGCGACUUUACAGCCAUUUUGUGGAAUUUACCCAACGAUUGCUGGAUGACGUGGUGCCCUACGUGGCAACGAUGGCCGACAUGAAGGAUGACAUUGUGCUGACGGAACCUCUUCCUGUAGCCCCUUUAGCUGAUGACGAAGCACCUAAGAUGGCGCGCAGCGUGAUACGCGCACCUUCCCGUCUGACAGUAGAGGCGAACAAUGCACUGCUACACUUAUUUCAUGACCUUGCGCUGGAUGUCUUGGAAGUUCAUGAGAAUGAGAGACAGACAAUGUCUAGUCGCCGUAUGGUGUUGGAUCGCGAUGCCCCUUCUCGCAUCUGGACCGUGGUAUCCAUUUUAAGAAGGGCUUUGCUUCGUGCGUUGGACUGGAUACAAAAUGAAGUUGCUUCGUACAGGAACUCUGUAAGCAAUGUGGACGCCCCAAAGGAGACUCAGGCUGCUAUUGAGGCAGUUGCGGUGGUAAAACGUGCUUUAGAUGAUGUAUUCACCCAGCUGAUUUAUAAACAAGAAACAUUUGGGUGCUCUCAGCGAUCUGCUGAACGGCAGUUUGGGCAACACUCAAAGGACUAUCAUGCCACAAGUGAAAUAAUGUGGACAAACACACUAAGACUUCUUUUUAUGUGUCGGAGCGUAUCAAAUGUAUGGACAUACAUCCACAGCAGCGUCGGUAGUGUGGAGGUGCAACAUACCGACGCACAAAUAGUGGCUCUUAUUGCUUCUUUUGUGUCAUCCGUGCCGGCGUUGGAGGGAGAAGAACAAGAAAAUAACGUGUUUCUUGCCACCACAAUGCUUCUUUCAGGGGCGCUUGCUGCUGUAUCGGCGGCCCCUGCUCCAUCGAUGCAGGCUGCACUCUGGUUAACGGAUUUAAGCUUAACUCAACAGAUUCAUAAUGCGCUUAUUCAGCGGGGGCUUCGCUACAGGGAUGAGAAUGUGCAAAAGUUGAGUGCACUCCUAUCACGGUUAAUAUUAUAUAGCUCAUCCAACAGUUCCUCCUUUCGCGUCAUUGCUGAUUCUUCUGAUCAACUUUUGGAACUUCUAUCGGAUGAUCGUGAUGGGGCAUCGCAAUGUGUCGUCGGUCUAUUGAUCCAUGCGGCUGUUGAACGACCUCAUUCAAUUCUGCCCGCACUUUUUCGUUUGUUGCAGCAUGGUGACAUAAAGACGCGGCAUAAUGUUUUAGAUGUCCUUGCCGCCCUUCCUCAGGCCUCCGAGGACUCUGUUUAUGGGGAGGCUUUUACGUCAGCACAGAUGCGGCCGGUAUGGAGGCUUUUGUCGGAGGAACUGCUAUUACGCAUCCAGGACGAGGAAUUGCAGAUUAGACUGCAAAGUUCAAAGCUAUUCGCCAAAGUAUGGCCAGAGGAUGUUUGUCGUUCCUUGCUAAAGCUGGCGACACAACGUGACAGGUCCAUUAAAAGACAAUCGGCCGCACAGCAAGCCUUACGCUCUGUUGUUGAAGCCCACAGCGGAGACGAAAGUAUUGUGCUGCUACUGAUACAAGAGUCAUUGGCUUUAUUGGGGGAAAGUGUGCCAGCGAUCUGUGCUACUCCUUCCACACCAGCUGAUAUUGUGGCGUUUGCAACAUUGCAUUCUGGCACAUUACAGGACACCGUUGAAAGUCAACAUGAAACCAGUUCCUCCACGGCGGAAGAGGGGACUGUUAACAAACGACUUGUACAGGUUGUGGUGUUGUUGGGACGUCACUGGGCGGAGGGUGUACUAAAGUGGACGGAGGCAUGUGUUCUGUCAUUGCUGAAGCGUGCUAUGGAGGCGCGUGCUCCAUUGGAGCAAGAACUUGUAAUUCGUAUAAUGACCCAAAUAGCGUCUGUAUGUGGUGCGCGAAAGGAUGGUUUAGUUGCACUCUCGUUGGGGUGCCUUCAUAUCAUGAAGUCGACCGAAGAAGAAGGCGAACACCAGUCAAGGCCCUGGUUAGAAAAUGUUGCAAGUCCUUCAACGGCACCUGAUUCCAAUAUGGCAAGUUAUCAAAUAAUAGCGCCAUUGCUGUUUCUUCGCGGCUGUCCAAAGCAAAAUUUUGCAUCAUUUACCGCGGUAAGUGAGAUGUUUCCGCCUAUUGCGGAGAUGUGGGAAUUUUUGUGGAGCAUUCUUCUCACUGCAACAUCUUGCGAAAAGCUGUCACUGGAUGGUCAGCGCCUACUACUCGAGGUGUUGUGCAAAUACAACGUCUCCGUUCUGCUGGAGCGGCUACGUGAUCUAGAGUCAGGAUACAUGAGAGAUGGUUUUUUGUUACCUGAUUCUCGUGAGGAGGUGUGCUUUGUGUAUCGUGUGGGGUUCUUUUGCGUGGGUUUUUUCUUGCUUCAGAACCCGUCCUCAUUUCAUUCAGAAGAGAUGAGGUCUAAUACGGUGGCUAAGGAACGUGGACCGAAAGAGGAAAAAGCGUCGGAGGCUUUUGCCUCCCUGGAAACGGAAGAAAUGGAAUUAGCUGAGCUGGUGGGUGCUGCCCAGAUGGUUGGGCGUUGGGCUGAAAAGGUGGUGUUGCCGUGGCUUUUGGAUGAAGAUGACGCAAAAGUCCCUGAUGGUCCCUGCACUGUAGCUUCUCAGCGCUUAAGCCGAUCCGCGGUGGAGUGUUUGGCAAUUGUUACAGUUGUUGGGUUAAAUCGCUCGGUAUUUAACGAUGUCGUGCUCCCGUUUGUUAUGCUUCCACUGACUCAGUUGGCAGCUCAGUGUCGUGAGCAGGUGAUGCGUUCGAAGGAGAGUCGCAACGUCGCCGAUUCCACCGUGGAAUGGGAUCUCUCUCCUCACCUGCUUGGACGCUUUGAGUUGGCCAUUCACAUUCAUCAGCGUGCUCUCAGUCUGUUGCGAGCACAUUCUUUAGGGAGGACGUUGGUUGGCUUGUAUUUUAAACAAUAUAUGCCGCAUUUAAUUGAACUCGCCAACGCGGUCUGUAGUACAGUACUACGUCUUGCUAGGAAGGACAUUGCGCAGGUGGUUGCCGAAAGUUGUCACGUUCUUUUUCUGGCUGUAAUGGCCACCACUGGCACACGUUCAAAGUGCUCUGGCGACGAAAUAACGCAGGGGCACACAACUCCCUCGAAAAACGCAUUAAUGCUCCUUGAUGCUACCGAUCGAAAGGCGAUCCUUACCUUUGCGGUGGGUAGUGCAAGAUACGCCGGACUUCCACAGGUUCAGUCUGAGGGUGUGAAGUUGCUAUCGGCACUCUUGGGUGCGGCACCCGAUAUCUUUAUGACAGAAUCUCACAUGAAUGAGGCACCGUUAGGAGAGGCUCUUGCAGUCUUGGGGUCGGUGGCGUUGAUGCAUCCUGACGCCAAAACCCGCGCCCUUGCGGAACAAGUUUGUGGGGCUUUGCAGGCGAAUUGA